AUGGGAACUGAAGAGCCAUUAUGGAGGUUUUGUUAUCCACAGCGAGUUAGAGCCAAUCUGACCGACUUAGAGCCCGCUUUUCGACAUCCUUUACUCCCUCCCUCUGCUUUUCUGCACAAAGAGACUCCACAACAGUCUCAAGAAGAACCGAAAUACGACUUUGUAGAUCCUCUGGGUGCCACAAUCGAGGAAGAACUGCCCGCAAAUGUUACUCGACUUGACUUGGAUGCUUUGGAAAAUAUACAGCCGAAGAAGGAACAAAUCUUGGAUAAUACCCUAGAGACUAAGAAUAAGGAUGGGCCCGUUAGAGACGUUGAACUUGUUGAUUUUGAACCUUGGAGAUCGAAACGAGCGCAAAUCUUGAACGAACAUGAGGACAAGGAUAAGAAAGGUGCUUACUCCACCUUCGGGUCGGCAUCGCCAGCAAAAUUCACCAUGAGCAGUAAAACGAGGCAUAGACUGGAGGUGCUAGAAGACAUGUCUGGUUUGCGCAAGCUGUCCGACAUCUCGCAAAACGAGCUGAUUGUGCAUAUCAAUGACCUUCGAGAGAAGUUUCUUGCGGCAUGGGAAGACAACCAAAGAGUCGAAUCUGUUCGG